AUGCCUCUCUUCCAAAUGGCCUCUCUUCCAACUGGCCUCUCUCCCAAACGGCCUCUCUUCCAAAUGGCCUCUCUUCAAACGUUGCACUCUCUCCCAAACGGCCUCUCUUCCAAACAGCCUCCUUCAAAGAAGAGAAAAUCCUCUCUCACCAAACGGCCUCACUUCAAACCGGCCUCUUCCAAACGCCUCUCUUUCAAUUCCAAACCUCUCUUCAAACAGCUUCCAUUCCAAACGGCCUCUCUUCCAAAUGGCCUCUCUUCCAAACGGCCUCUCUUCCAAACAGCCUCUCUUCCAACAGCUUCAAUUCAAACAGCCUCUCUUCAAAAUCGGGUACUGUUAUUAUAUUUUUCUUUCUUUUUCUCGUUCAUGUUUAUUCUUUCUUCCCUCUCUUUCUUUCUUUCUUUCUUUUUUCCUUCCUUCAAUGUAAGAUUUUUCUUUCUUUUUUCCUACAUGCUCAUUUUCUUUUCAUUAUUUCUCUUUCAUUCUUUCUUUCUUUCUUUCUUCUUUCCUUCCUUCCUUCCUUUAAUAUUUUUCUUUCUUUUUUCCUACAUGCUCAUUCUUUCUUUUCAUUAUUUCUCUUUCAUUCUUUCUUUCUUCCUUCCUUCCUUUAAUGUAAGAUUUUUCUUUCUUUUUCUCCUUCAUGUUCAUUCUUUCUUCCCUCUCUUUCUUUCUUUCUUUUCCCUUCCUUUUAAUGUAAGAUUUUUCUUUCUUUUUUCCUACAUGCUCAUUCUUUCUUUUCAUUAUUUCUCUUUCUUUCUUUCUUCCUUUAAUGUAAGAUUCUUUUUCUUUUUAUCCUCCAUGCCCAAUUUUCUUUCUUUCUUUCUUUAA